GGCGAGCGCCGCCUGAGACCCGCUCUGCGAUUGGGUUUUACACGAACCGCAGAGUACGAAAUAAAGAGACCUUCAGUCAUUGGGCCAUUCUGUGAAUCUCCUUUUGGCUUCUCUGCACACUGAAUAAGCGUCUCAGGAUCUUCGUCAUGACUCCUAAAUCUGGGCCUGUCAGUUCGCCCCAGCGUUUCUCGUCUCUAGGCACGGCAUGGGGCUUACAGAGUUUAACCAAUCAUAUAACAUCGAGAUCAGGUUGCCAGGCAGAUUAUGCUAAUAAGACCCCGCCUUUUCUGCUGCUCCCACUCUGCGGCGGGAAGAACCACCUGGAGGUGGCGGGGGGGGUUUGAUUUCUAUCACCCCUAGGGAGAGAGGAUCGGGGACCCGCUGAUCUUCCAGCUCCCCUCACCCAACGUCGUGCACGCUGCAGACAGACCUUUCUGUCCUCAUGAACACACAUGUGGUAGACAGAUGACUGGGCUCCACCUGGUGCUGCUCUAGGUGUGCCAGACGUGGAGCUGUCCAGCUGGGAGAAGAUGGAUUCCAAAGAUGAAAGCUCGCAUGUGUGGCCUUCGCCUGCAGACCAUGAACAGAAUGCUACACAGGUGCACUUUGUUCCGGACACAGGAACAGUGGCUCAGAUCAUCUACACUGAUGACCAGGUUCGCCCACCCCAGCAGGUGGUGUACACGGCAGAUGGUGCCUCCUACACAUCAGUGGAUGGUCCAGAGCACACGCUGGUGUACAUCCAUCCGGUGGAAGCCGCGCAGACUCUGUUUACAGACCCAGGCCAGGUAGCUUACGUCCAGCAGGAUGCUACAGCUCAGCAGGCCUCAUUGCCAGUGCAUAACCAGGUGCUGCCUUCAAUCGAGAGUGUGGAUGGGUCCGAUCCUUUGGCAACUCUGCAGACCCCUCUAGGUAGACUGGAGGCGAAAGAGGAAGAGGAUGAGGAUGAGGACGACGACACUGAGGAAGAAGAGGAAGAAGACGGUGAGGACACAGAUCUGGAUGACUGGGAGCCAGACCCACCCCGGCCCUUUGACCCACAUGACUUAUGGUGUGAGGAGUGCAAUAACGCGCAUUCUUCAGUGUGCCCAAAGCAUGGCCCCUUACACCCGAUCCCCAACCGGCCGGUGCUCACCCGUGCGAGGGCGAGCCUCCCCCUGGUACUCUACAUAGACAGGUUUCUGGGUGGGGUGUUCUCCAAGCGGCGCAUCCCUAAGCGCACCCAGUUUGGGCCCGUGGAGGGGCCUCUCGUCAGGGGCUCGGAGCUGAAAGACUGUUACAUUCAUCUCAAGGUUUCUCUUGAUAAAGGGGACAGAAAAGACAGGGAUUUGCAUGAAGACCUGUGGUUUGAGUUGUCUGAUGAGACACUUUGUAACUGGAUGAUGUUUGUACGGCCAGCCCAGAAUCACCUGGAGCAGAACCUUGUGGCUUACCAGUAUGGACACCAUGUGUAUUAUACAACCAUAAAAAAUGUGGAGCCCAAGCAGGAACUGAAGGUGUGGUACGCCGCAUCCUAUGCAGAGUUCGUGAACCAGAAAAUUCAUGACAUUUCUGAGGAAGAAAGGAAAGUUCUUCGAGAGCAAGAGAAGAAUUGGCCCUGCUAUGAAUGUAACCGCCGAUUUAUAAGCUCAGAACAGUUACAACAGCACCUCAAUUCUCAUGAUGAGAAACUAGAUGUGUUUAGCAGAACAAGAGGCAGAGGAAGGGGACGAGGCAAGAGGCGAUUUGGUCCAGGUCGACGACCGGGGCGUCCUCCAAAAUUUAUCCGCCUGGAAAUCACCAGUGAAAAUGGGGAAAAGAGUGAUGAUGGGACACAGGACUUGCUACAUUUUCCCACAAAGGAGCAAUUUGAUGAGGCUGAACCAGCCACUUUGAAUGGGCUGGAUCAACCAGAACAGACCACUAUCCCAAUCCCUCAGCUGCCACAAGAAACCCAGUCUCCCCUGGAACAUGAACCAGAAACUCACACCCUGCAUCUGCAGCCGCAGCACGAAGAGAGUAUGGUGCCCACCCAGAGCACGCUGACAGCCGAUGACAUGCGCAGAGCCAAGCGCAUUCGAAAUGCAGCUCUUCAGCAUCUGUUUAUUCGGAAGUCCUUCCGGCCUUUUAAAUGCUUGCAGUGUGGGAAGGCCUUCCGGGAAAAGGACAAACUGGACCAGCACUUGCGUUUCCAUGGGCGGGAGGGGAACUGCCCAUUGACCUGUGAUCUCUGUAACAAGGGCUUCAUCAGCAGCGCAUCCUUGGAGAGCCACAUGAAGCUCCACUCAGACCAGAAGACUUACUCUUGCAUUUUUUGCCCAGAAUCCUUUGACCGCCUUGAUUUGUUGAAAGAUCAUGUAGCCAUUCAUAUCAAUGAUGGCUACUUCACCUGCCCAACUUGUAAGAAACGGUUCCCAGAUUUUAUCCAGGUGAAAAAACACGUGCGCAGCUUCCACUCAGAAAAGAUCUACCAGUGCACAGAGUGCGACAAGGCCUUCUGUCGCCCGGACAAACUGCGACUCCACAUGCUCCGGCAUUCGGACCGCAAAGACUUCCUGUGUUCCACCUGUGGGAAGCAAUUUAAGCGAAAAGACAAACUACGGGAACACAUGCAGAGGAUGCAUAAUCCUGAGAGGGAGGCCAAGAAAGCCGACCGCAUCAGCCGCUCCAAGACGUUCAAGCCUCGCAUCACAUCCACAGACUACGACAGCUUCACGUUCAAGUGCCGCCUGUGCAUGAUGGGUUUCCGGCGGCGCGGCAUGCUGGUAAAUCACUUAUCAAAGAGACAUCCAGACAUGAAGAUAGAAGAGGUGCCAGAGUUAACUCUACCCAUCAUAAAACCCAAUCGUGAUUACUUUUGUCAGUAUUGCGAUAAGGUUUAUAAAAGUGCCAGCAAGCGCAAAGCCCACAUUCUGAAGAACCACCCAGGAGCAGAGCUGCCACCGAGCAUUCGGAAACUCCGGCCCGCUGGUCCUGGAGAGCCAGACCCCAUGCUGAGCACACACACCCAGCUGACAGGCACCAUCGCCACCCCUCCCGUCUGCUGUCCCCACUGCUCCAAGCAGUACAGUAGCAAGACCAAAAUGGUCCAGCACAUUCGAAAGAAGCAUCCAGAGUUCGCCCAGCUCUCCAACACCAUACACACACCACUGACGACAGCUGUGAUCAGUGCCACCCCAGCAGUUUUAACUACAGACAGCGCCACUGGAGAGACCGUGGUGACGACGGACCUGCUCACCCAAGCAAUGACAGAACUGUCCCAGACCUUAACGACAGACUACCGAACGCCACAGGGGGAUUACCAGAGAAUUCAGUACAUCCCUGUGUCGCAGUCAGCAUCUGGCCUCCAGCAGCCUCAGCACAUACAGCUUCAAGUGGUGCAAGUGGCCCCGGCCACCUCCCCUCACCAGUCGCAGCAGUCCACUGUGGAUGUCGGCCAGCUCCACGAUCCUCAGCCCUACCCCCAGCAUGCCAUCCAGGUGCAGCACAUCCAGGUCAGCGAGCCCACCGCCUCGGCCUCAUCCUCGGCCCAGGUAUCUGGGCAGCCACUGAGUCCCUCAGCCCAGCAGGCUCAGCAGGGACUCAGCCCCUCCCACAUCCAGGGCAGUUCUUCCACACAGGGCCAGGCUAUGCAGCAGCAGCAGCAGCAGCAGCAGAAUUCCUCUGUGCAGCACACGUACCUGCCCAGCACUUGGAAUUCCUUCCGUGGCUAUUCAUCUGAGAUUCAAAUGAUGACGCUUCCCCCAGGUCAGUUUGUGAUUACAGACAGUGGUGUGGCAACUCCAGUUACUACUGGCCAGGUGAAGGCGGUUACUCCGGGUCAUUAUGUGUUAUCAGAAAGUCAACCAGAAUUGGAAGAAAAGCAGACUUCUGCCCUUUCUGGUGGAGUCCAGGUCCAGCCACCUGCACACAGUGACUCCUUGGACCCCCAGACCACCAGCCAACAGCAGACCACACAGUACAUCAUCACCACCACCACCAAUGGGAACGGAAGCAGUGAAGUGCACAUCACCAAACCAUAACUUCUACUCUGGAGGUCGAAUCCAGCACCCACCUCAUGUCUGUUCUCAUUCAUAAGUCUGAAAGCUCUAACACUUAGAACUCUUUUGUAAGAUUUAUUAUUCACUCAAGAGUUUGGAAACAGCAGUUUCGUCUCUCAUCCAUACACUGAGGUUUAUUUUGCCAAGGUCAUCUUUAUCAAACUCAUUCUUUAAACCCUGUUUUUGCCACGGAAUGGAGGUCUUUCAGGGGAAAGUAGAUUACGAGAUGGAGAGAAUUGGACUUGCUCUUGGGUUGGUUUUUUAACACGCUGACAAGCCUUACUUUUCCUUUGUGGAAAUAUUGAGUGGCGUAUUCAUACCAAAGGUGAAGAAAGGAUGUGCCAAGUCCAUGGUUACCAGACUUCUUAUUCCAAGCCAUGGCACUGAAGGAGAAGGGGCAUUUUGUGGGUGUGUAUUAGGUCUGAACUGCUUUAUCUUGUGAGUUUUAGUUUUCAGUAAUUUCCAAAGGGAGCCUGUUGAUAAGCAAAUAAACAUGAUAAAAUAAAAGUUUGACAGUGAUGUUCUGAAGGAAUAACUGUCAUCUAAAUUUUUCUUAUUGCUGAUUUUUUUUAACUUCCCUAUUUUAGAAAACUAUUGUUGGGCUGUUGUUAGUGCUUUCCACAGAUGCUGGUCCUCAGCGGAUUAGGUCAGAAGCUGACAUUCUGAUAGUUCUUCAUUAUUUCACAAAGGUGGACUCCCUGAAAGAGAAAAGGCUGCUUGAAGUCAGCAGAAUCUAAACCCCUACAUUCAAGCUUUGCCUCCCAUUCUCUGGUUGUGGUGGUGGUAAGAAAGAGAUAUUGGUACCAAGAAAAAUUACCAAAACGAUUGAGAGAGAGAGAGAGUAUUGAAAUUUUGUUCUGCCUUGCAGGAUUCAUUUAUCAUUCAUUGGUAAAGGAUGCAUUCCUUGUUCUUACCAGGUGUACAUUUAAUUCUUGCUGACAGUGUUCAGUGUAUUUUAGUACUUUUAAUGCUGUCUUAAAAUGAACAUUCUUUAAAGUUGGAUGGAAAGGUGGCAUUUCUUAUUUCUUAACACUUUUAACAGUAAACAUAUUGUGACUCAUCUGGACCUUUUAAUAAAAUGAUCAACUUCACACUUAGAGAAAAAUUAUAAUGUGGGGACUACUUAUAAUAAUUAAGAUAGUUACAAGGGAUCUGGAAGAAAUCCAGUCUUUAUGAAUAUACUGUUAGUUGGGCAUUAAAAAAACCAGUAUAUAUUUUAACAACUUUUUUGUCACACAGUAACACAUUUUUAGAAUAAUUAUUGCAUAGUAGAAUUUAUUACUCCAGAACAGAAAGACCUUACUUCAUUUUAAAUGAAGUUCACUAAUUAAUUUACAUUUCCGGGUGAAAACUGUUUUUUGUUUUUGAGAUGGAGUCUCACUCUGUUACCCAGGCAGGAAUACAGUGGCACAAUCUCGGCUUACUGCAACCUCCACCUCCUGGGUUCAAGCGAUUCUCCUGCCUCAGCUUCCUGAGUAGCUAGAAUUACAGGUGCAGGUCACCACGCCCAGCUAAUUUUUGUAUUUAUUAAAAUACAAAAUUAGAUGGAGUAGAGACGGGUUUUUACCAUGUUGGUCAGACGGGUCUCAAACUCCUGACCUCAUGAUCCUCCCUCCUCGGCCUCCCAAAGUGCUGGGAUUACAGGCGUGAGCCACCGCACCCCGCCCAAAACUGGUUAUAUAAAUUAAGUAGAGUCGUUUCUUUAUGAUAAAGACACGUUUCUGAAAAGUGAACAGUUCUGUUUAAAGAAACUUAUUAAUAUGUAGAUUUUGCACUUUAUUUCUGAGACCCCUUUCAUAUAGUUUUCCCCCAACGUUUGAGUACUAAGAGAACUUGAGAAAGUUACUUCAUAAAUAUAUGGAAACUGAAAAUGGACUCUAUCAUUGUGACAAAGAUAUUCAACAGAAAAUAUUGACCCUGCAUUACAAAAUACAGACUUGGGUUCCCUAACUCCCACAGUGUAAUGAUUACAAAUAUCCUACUGUUCAGUCUAGAAAGACUUUGUAGGGGAAGAAUGGUAGAAUUCUCUAAAGGUCCAGUUUUAGCUUUUAUAACUUACAUUUGGUCCUGUUACGUUCUUUUUAAUUUGAACCAGUGAGGUGUCUCCCUCCUCUCAGGAAUAACUUACUGGAAAAUUGAAAAGAAUCACUGAAUGGAAUGUUCAUUUUAUGGCAGUUACAUUUUUUAAUUUAUUUUUAUUUUUUCUCCCCCCCUCAGUUAUUUUAAGUUUUAAAAUACACAGAGGAAAAUAUUAUGGAAGGACCUCUUUGUCUCUCUCCCUUCUAAGUUCUCUUCUUCUUUGGUCCUUACGUGAAAUAAAGACUCUAAAACUAAUUUUUAUAUUAUCAGCCAGAGAAGCGGAUGGCAGUCGAGCCAAGUCAUGUGGCUUUCAGAUCAGGUGUUCUGCACAUUCAUUCCAAGGUCAUAGAUUUCUAAAAGGACCUGGAUUUGAAGAGAUGGCAAAUGAUGAGCCAUCUGAAGACUCAAUGUGGCAAACAUGUAUGUAGCCAGUGUGGAUAUUAUGGCCUCUCUUAAGACACAUUGACACUGUAGACUUCAUUCAGUGCAGUGUGAGUAUUUUGGAGUAGGUUGGAUGUAGAUUUUGUUUUUAUUGUUGAUUUGUACCAACAGAAAUAGACAUUUCAUCAUGUGAAAUUCCUGUUAUCCUGGGGAAAAAAAAAAAAAACUUGUUUUGAUCUUCUUGUUUUCUGACUUGGAAGUAUCCUUUCAAAAAGCUCUUAAGAUAUCUAGGUCUAAAAAGCACUUCAUGAGAUGCUAAAGCUGACCCACUGGUUGAAAAUAUUGACCCUAUCCUGUUAUUUAAAUGUGAACAUUUAUUGUACAUUCAGUGAGUUAUAGUGUUCAUAGUCUUGUGCUAUGCAGCAGGUGUAAAAAUUAAUAAAUAUUUUUUUUAAUAAACAAAAUAUUUGUUUGUUUUUAUGUGUGAAGCUA